ACAAGCCACGUACAAUUGUACAAAGGAAUAAACCUACGAAUAUCUGAGUGUUUACAUACUAGACUUCCUUCCUCACUCUGCAUUGUAAUUAACUACCGCUAGCUUCACGUCUCUGCAUUCAUUCCUUCAUCAAAUCACAGAGCAAAAUGGGUUUGAAGGAGGAAUUUGAGGAGUAUGCUGAGAAAGCUAAGACCCUUCCAGAAAAUACAACAAAUGAGAGCAAACUUAUUUUAUAUGGGCUUUAUAAGCAAGCCACUGUUGGACCAGUGAACACCAGCCGUCCUGGAAUGUUUAACAUGAGGGACAGAGCAAAGUGGGAUGCAUGGAAGGCUGUUGAAGGCAAAUCAAAGGAACAAGCAAUGAGUGACUAUAUCACUAAGGUGAAACAGUUGCAGGAAGAAGCUGCUGCUGCUGCUUCUGCUUAGUGUCUUGACCAUGUGUGUGUGCCUGUAGGUUCCUUGUGUUCAAAAUAAUUUAAAAAAUAAUAAAUUCAAUAAUUAUCUGGAGUGGUGUAAUGUUGUUUCUAUAUUUUCUGAAUUAAAUUCAGACUUGUACUAAAAUGGAUUGAAAUUAAUGUCAUGAUAGUUUCUUAA